AUGAAACUAUCGCAAAGACAAUUGCUAAAACCAUCACAUACGUCAAAAUUGUAUGCACCGUUCAAACCACCUUUCAAAAGGUCAAAUAUUCAACCCGAGAUUUCAAAGGCAUCUAAUAUUCAAAAACCAUCACGUAUUCCUCAGCUUUCGUCGUUGGGACCUCCUGCACAACCAAGAUCACAUUUGGGCGAUAUUUCUAAUCGUAUUAUGCCCAUAACUUAUGAUGACAUUAGAGAUAAUGAAA